UGUUAUGAGAUAACCUUUCGUCAAAACGCAAGGACAGAUCUUUCGCUUGCGUUGUCUCUUCUGUUUAAUAAGAAUGACGUCAUACAUGUACCUUGCUUUGACAAUAUGCUGUAUGUUCCUGGUUGUUAAUGCUUCGUUUUACAAUUUGGGCAACAUAGUUGUUCCACACCGGCGACAGCAACAGACCAACACCUUCGUUACAUUUUCUGCGGGACUCACAAAAAUGGUCAAUCUGACAACAAACACAAGUGUUGCAUUUGACAGGGUUUGGAUAAACCUAGGAAAUGGCUACAACAAUAACACAGGUAUAUUUACUUGUCCGCAUGCAGGGGUGUAUGUCUUCAUCUACCACGGACUUUCACAAUACACUGGACAAAUGUGGUUGGACUUGUAUAAGAACGGUGCUUACGAGGUAACUGCUUAUGCACACAACACGGUGGAUUAUGCAUCUGCUAGUAAUGCCAUACUUCUGUCUCUCAAACUCGGUGAUCAAGUAUAUAUAAGGGGGCACGGAUCAAGCCAUAUGUACGGACAUCCGGAAGAAGUAUAUGCAACAUUCUCGGGGUUCAUACUGAUACCGGAUCAAGGACAGUAAAAUCGUCAGAAUGCAUUAAAAUUUGGAGAUGUAUUUGGAAAUAAACAGAGAAAUUUCUUUGAAAUUGA